UUGGUUUGGAACAAAAACUAAAGAAGAAGAAUAAUUAAGAGGAACACAACUCCUGGCAGCCACAAAUGCUGAGAUAACUAAGAAUUUUGUAUUGUUUUGUGUAGUAAGAGACGUGUUUCCUUGUGCAAUGGCCACGUAUUCCAACCAGCAUUGGCUGCUCUCGCACAUACGCAACUCAUUCAUCUCCACAGAUGAUACGGGCAUAUGCGAGACUGUAAUGCUCAGCGACGAUAUGCCCAAGCGUUAUUUAUGGAAAUUUCAAACUGCCAACACAGCUAUGGAAGCUUAUAGACGCAGCCAUCGAGCCGCGCAGCAGCGUAAAUCGCAAAUUCCCAAAACUCCAGACACUGCCACGCCUAUGCAACGAACUGGGCCACUGCAGCAUAUGAUGCCACCGCGAAUAGCGGAUCCGCCGCUGCACGAAGUUGAUUUCGUGUGCUAUCCCGGACUCGAUCUGAGCGAUGAUGAGGAUCUGGAUAUGUCGACGCAUUCGUUUGACAUACAAAUGUAUCCCGAAGUGGGCGCCCAUCGAUUUCGCUCCAAUACAGCGCAGAAGCUCGAAAAACUGGACAUAGCCAAGCGCAAAGCAGCGCGUAUUAAAAGCAUUAACUACAAUGAGGAAGUGUUACCGCCGGAUCGUAAAGAUUUCUUCAAACGGAAAGUGCUUAUAGAACAACCUAUUGAUAAGCCCUCCACAUCAGCCGCAGCGGCAGUAAGAGCAACAGCAAUUAAUCGAACGGAAUUAGCCAGCGACGAUGAUCUUUCCGAUGGCGGUGUCAAAAGUAUGCUAUCGGAGCAAAUGGCUAGAAGUCCGAAGCAGACGCAAAAUCGUUUCAUUGAGUAUGCGCGCUUUGAUGGAACCGCCCAGGUGGGCAUGCCCACGAAGAGAAUCAAUGUUUAUGUAAAUAUGCUGCCCGAGCCGGAGCGCAAUUAUCCGCUCAAAAUCUGUGUACUAUCCACGGCGAAGAUCAUAGAGGUCAUUGGCUUGGUUUGCUACAAGACUACCCUACAGUAUCCAGAUGCAGUGCAGCUGCAAUCUGUGCAGCACUAUGCAUUAUAUAUGACGGAAGACAAUGAUGAUAUGGAUGAUUUUCCACCACUGGACAAUCGUGAGCCGUGCUCCAAGUUUGGUUUCUCGCAUUUGACAUUGGCCGAGCGACGACCUUUGGCGCCGGUCACCCGCAUUGACUAUCACAAUCAGCUGGGCACAAAGUCCAUGACAUCCGAGGAGGAUAAAGCGGCGAUGGCGGAUGCUGCACUGAAUGCGCUGCAAAAUUUCAAUUUAAACGGCGAUGUGCCGGAUGCCGGCGGAGGAGACAGCCCGCUAGAUCAUAUUAAGGAGUAUGAGCAGCGCCUGCUUAAUCAUAAUGAUAUGCUGGAAGCACCCAUGCAUCGUACCUAUCGAGUCAGCAUCAUCGACAAGCGCUUCUUCAAGUGUGACGUUACGCUGGCCGUGUCUGGGGAACGCAUCGAGAUCGAUCAGCACAAGAACACCAAAUUCUGGACGCAACGGAAGCCACUGUCGACGCCCAUAGAGCUGGUGGCGCAUUGCGAGAUCGUGGAGCAGCGGCAGCUAAAGGCGCUGCUGCGCAUUUGGCUAAAAUCCAACUCUUCCAGCAGCCUGCCCACUAGCUGCACUUCGGCACCCAGCACGACAAGCAUUACGACGUUGAUCGCGGGCAAUGCGAAUUCGAGCUUUGUCCAUUCACCUGCCAGUCCGCGUUACCCGUGGAUGUACUCCAGUUCAGGUUUUGGCUUCUUCACCACCAUAUCCAACAUUCGUUUCAAGCACUAUGACUUCGUUACGGAUGUACAUACGGCCGAGCAGAUACGCAACAAGCUGAAUUGCAUACUGGAGAUGCGUGCUAGCGAUAUACGACGCGAGUUCCUACAGCAGCGCGAACGGAAACAGGAGAAACAGCUGGCCAAGCGCCAGCUCAAGUUGUAGUAUUUUGUUCCUAUAUUGCUGGCCAAGCUGUGUCGCCUCGCAUCGAGUUGCCUGUUGUGCCGCCUAGCGUGCAGUAGACGUAACUCUUGAGGUCAAACUACUUUUGUCUGUCGCCGGCUAAUCAAACAGCUCCCCCCGCCUCAUCCCCUCUCACUCUCCUAUCUCCUCUCACUUUCCUAUCUCCAAUCCUUCUGCCUAGCUCCCUCCAAACACCCGAUGAUGUUGUAUUUUAGUUGCUAACCUAAAGAGGCGUGUGGUACACACGUUUCGCAUAGCCUAUAAGUAUUUAUUGAAACACUUAAGUAACUAAAAACCAAUCCGAAGUGCAAAAUGAAAAAUAAAUAGCAUCAAAGUUCACAAUUAUGCUGAAAGACAAACACUGUGCUAUCAGCU